UACGCUUGUGGUUCCUGUUUGCAAACACGGCUGCCUAGUGAGUGGAGCGUUCGUGAAGUGUCUCGUAUAAUACGGUCCGUAGUCGUUUCGCCGCAGUGUCAUUUUUCAAGAUCUGAUUCACUGAGUUCAGCGAUGAUGAAGUGAAGACCGAAGUGACACUGGCAGUGACUGACAGCGAGUGACUGCGGUUCCUGCCACUCGCCCCAAAGAACCGUUAGGGAGAGGAGGAGGAGAACCACUGGCAGGGACGACGUCAUCAUGCAGUUCGCCCGCAGCAGCAGGAGGAGGCGAUUCGGGUUGGAGCUUCGUUUCGCCGAUGUGUUCGGCGUGGAGAGCGCGGACCGGGACCGGGACCGGGACCGGGACAGCCUCUCUCAGGUGCUGCGGCGGACCGAGCAGCAGCAGGAGCCCGCGGAGGAGGAGCAGGAGGGGCACGUGCUGUUCGGAACCCUGCAGGGCAGCGUCGUGGGCCUCCGAUACUACACUGGUGUGGUGAACAAAGGGGAAAUGGUCUCCCUGGUGAGAGAGCCACAGAAUCCCUACGACAGGAAUGCGGUGAUGGUGACCAAUGUGUAUGGCAACCAGGUGGGACACAUCAGGCGACAGCUGGCUGCACCCAUGGCCCACAUCAUGGACAACAACCUGGCCAAGGUGGAAGGGGUUGUUCCUUACCGUACAAACAACCAAUUCACAAUGCCUGUACAUCUCUCCUUCUGGGGGAAGGAGGAGAAGCGCAUGGAAGUUGUGAAUGAGCUCAGCAACCAUGGGUUCAAACUUGCCCCGGGAUCCAAAGGUUUGUCUGCAAGUGGGCAGGGGCCAUCAAGAGCAGGUACUACUCUGGAAAGGUUUUGGACAGUCCCCAGAAAAACAACUGCGGUGGCGCUGACACCGGAACAGCUGAAGAACGUCUUUGACAAACUCUUCGAUGACCUCAUGGAAGACAAGACUCGGGAGAUGGAGGCAGCAGAGGCCGUGGGCACGCCGCUGCUUCCACAUCAGAAACAGGCUCUGGCCUGGAUGGCCUCGCGGGAGAACAGCAAUGACCUUCCCCCUUUCUGGGAGCAGCAGAACAACCUGUACCUCAAUGUCCUCACCAACUUCGCUGUGAAGGAAAGGCCAGACAAGGUCCAGGGAGGAAUCCUAGCUGAUGACAUGGGACUGGGAAAAACCCUUACUACAAUUGCCCUGAUCCUCACAAAUUUCCACAAUGGGAAGCCUUUGCCUCUGCAGAAGUGUGCAGCUUCACCAAAGUCAGCGGUUAGGGUUCCCAAAAUGGUCAAGGGAAGGAAUUCGUCUUUGGAAUCAGAGAGGAGCAGAAGCCAUUUUGCAGAGGAAACGCCAAAAGUUUCUGCAAGCUCUUCUCAUCCUAAAAGGGGUUCAGAAGCUAGCGAUGUAAUUGUCAUCUCUGACUCAGAUGAUGCUGGAGAAGGUGUGGCACCCAAGAAGAGAGCUAAGCGCAAAGAAAGCAAAGGGGAAACAUCCACCAGCUCCACAAAGGGGUCUGUCAUUCUGUCUGAGGACAGUGACUUUGCAGCUGCCCUGGGCGAAUUUCUGCAGGGACCGAGUUCUCAGAAGAAGAAAGCCCACAAGAAGAGUGAGGGGGGUGAUGACACACAGGGCAAGACUGGGAAAAGUGUAGGAGCCAGAGCCACCCUGAUUGUGUGCCCCCUCUCUGUGCUCAGCAAUUGGUUGGACCAAUUUGAGCAGCAUGUAUCUGCAGAUGUGAAGAUGAAUGUGCAUGUGUACUAUGGUACAGAACGGAUCCGUGACCCCAAGUUCCUGGCCAAGCAGGAUGUGGUACUGACCACAUAUAACAUCCUCAGUACAGACUACACGGACAAAAGGAGCAGCCCACUGCAGGCAGUGAGCUGGCUACGGGUGGUGUUGGAUGAGGGGCACAUUGUCCGAAAUCCUGCGGCGCUGCAGAGCAAGGCUGUGCUGGCUCUGACCGCAGAGCGACGCUGGGUCUUGUCAGGCACUCCAGUCCAGAACUCCCUGAAAGACCUGUGGAUGCUCAUCUCUUUCCUGAAGCUCAAACCCUUUGAUAUAAGGGAGUGGUGGAACAGAGUCAUCCAGAGGCCUGUCAUGUUGGGUGACCACUCUGGGCUUCAGAAUCUGCAGGCUCUAGUGAAGGGAAUCACCCUGAGACGCACUAAGAACAGCAGAGUGGGUGGCCGGCUGCUGGUGGAACUGCCACAGAAGAAGGUGUUUGUUGAACACGUGACUCUCACUGAGGACGAGAGACGGCGGUACGAGAGGGUUAGGAAAGACAGCAGGGCCAUAAUAAAACGGUACUUCAGAGAGGGCACCGUGCUGACUAACUACGCAGAUGUGCUGGCUAUCCUGGUCAGGUUGCGGCAGUUCUGUUGCCAUCCUCAGCUACUGGAGGGUGCUGCCACCCCAGCAGGCCCCACAGAGAAGGCGAGCACACCUGAUGAACUUCGGCAGUAUCUGGUGAAGAAGAUUAGUCUGGUUCUGAGUUCUGGCUCAGAUGAGGAGUGUGCCGUGUGCCUGGACUCCCUCCGUCAGCCUGUCAUCACUUACUGUGCCCAUGUGUACUGUAAGCCCUGCAUCUGUGAGGUCAUCCGCUCGGAAAAGGAAAAUGCCAAAUGCCCAUUGUGCCGGAUGCAGCUCAACAUCAAAGAGCUGGUGGAAUACCCAGGAGAGCAGGAGAAUCUGGAUGCAGCUCAAGAUAAAGAUGAGUGCCUGUCUAGCUCCAAGGUGGAUGCUUUGAUGGUCCACCUGUUUCAGCUGCGCAGUCAAGAUCCCAAAAUCAAAAGUUUGGUGGUGUCUCAGUUUACCAGUUUCCUGUCUCUGCUUGAAGUCCCACUGAGGCAACAUGGCUUCGACUUCACACGCCUGGAUGGUUCCAUGAACCAGAAGAGCAGGGUUAAGGCCAUACAGGCCUUCCAGGACACUGCCCAGGGAAGCCCCACCAUCAUGCUGCUGUCGCUGAAGGCUGGAGGGGUGGGGCUCAACCUGACUGCUGCUUCCCGUGUGUUCCUCAUGGACCCUGCAUGGAACCCAGCAGCUGAGGACCAGUGUUUUGACAGAUGCCAUAGGCUGGGGCAGAAGGUUGAUGUGGUAAUUAUCAAGUUUAUCGUGAAGGACUCUGUGGAGGAGAACAUGGUUGAGAUACAGCAAAAGAAGCAGAAACUAGUGGAGAAGGCCUUUGGGAUGAAGAAUGCAGAGGAACGCAAACAGUCGCGCAUUGAGGACAUUCGGGCUCUCAUGGAGUUGUAGUAGUGCAGUGUGGUGAUUCUGUUAACCUCAUCUUUUGUUUAUUUACCUUAUUACCAUCUUACCUUUACAAUAUGUUUUUAAAUUCCGAACAAUUUAAUAAGCUGAAAAAGAAUGGAAAUGGAAAGAAUUUUUUUUUUUUUUUGGAUAAUUAUGUCAGAACGAGGCUGGGACUUGGCAGUAUCUUUUUCCUUUUACUUAUUACUUUUAGCUUAGGCUUCAUUUUUUUGGGCUUUAAGUACAUAUUAGAGGGUAACAUCGUUCCUGACAUUCUUGCAAGAAAUGUAUUUAUCAAAGUUGCUAAAACUGGGAGAAUCAGGCCUUUUCACUAGCAGCCUGGAAAAUUAUCAAGUCUAAGCAUGUGGGUUUAAAUAGCUGAAGUUUAUGGUUAAAUGUUUCCUUAGUGGGGGAGGAUGAGUGGUGGUCAUCUGGGCCCUCAUAGGGCAGCAUAUGGAAACAGUGUUCGCUAACUGUAGCAAGUCCUUGAAAUGCAGAGUGGUUGGUGUUAAGGGGGGAUUAACUAGAAAUGUGUAAAAAGGAAAGGGAAUACAUUCCAGAAGUUCUGUAGGGAAUAUUUUUUUAAAAAAAGCACUCGGAGGGAUUUACAGGUGAAAUGGAUGUGGGAAAAACUAGUUUCCAAUGGCC